UCGCGAGGUGUUGUUUGGUUGGGAUUCAGGUGGUUGGUUGGUUUGUUGGUUGUUCGUGCGUCACUUCAACCCUAGGGGCUUCCGCAAAUUCACUUGAUUGUCGCGGAUUUAGGGUUUGACCAAGUAGAGAUACGUUCAAUACGCCUGCUGUAGAGAUAAGGGAUUUGCUGGCAGAGUGGGCAGUUUUUUCUCAUAUCCAAAUCUUGAGUGUGCAGGUUCUCCCUCUGCCAGCCUCGACGCGGAACUCCAUCCCUCGUACCCCGAGAUUUUUCUCAUUCGCAUUUAAGAUCAGGUUCACCCUCUUUAGAAACUUGCACAUGUACUGCCAAUCUCCUUAGCUUACCUUUAUAACUCACACCAAUGCAUCAGUCAGCGGCGGCCGGCAAGAGCGGCAGAUACGGCCGGUCCAGCUCGGGUUCCCGCGACUCCCCCAUUGCGCCCUCCCGCUCCGACCAGCCCAGCUGGCGCUCCGCCGCCGCCGCGUCUCCCCCGCCCGGGGGGCCAGGCGCGGCGGGAACAGGCGGAGGGGGAAGCACAGGAUGGGGGGACAGCGCGGAGGGCGGUAGAUCUGGGGGCGGCGCAGCUCCGGGCGGAGCGUGGGGGCGUGGCGGACCGGGGAAAAGCGACAACCCGUGGGGAAGGGGAGGUGGCGCAGCCGGCGGAGUUGGCGGGGCCCGCGGGGGACCUGGCGGAAACCCCUGGCACACGGGAGGAGGCGGGGUGGGGGUAUUGACAGGCGCGUGGCAGCAGCCGCUGCAGCACCUGCAGCAACCACCGCAGCAGCAGCCGCAGCCAGAUCUAGGGCAAGCGGGAAAGGCCGCGGGAAAGGGGGUUGGCACGGGCGCGCUUGUCACUGCAGGGGAGAGCGCGAAUGGGGGAAGCGCAAACGGGGGAAGCGCGGGCGGUGCGCGCGCGGGGGGCCGGGAGUGGAUGGUGGCGAUGAGCGCGUGCCUGAUAGGGCAUCUGGUGGAGGUGCAACUGGUGCAGGGCGACUCGUACUGCGGCAUCUUCCAUGCUGCUAACGAGGAAGACUUUGGCGUGGUGCUCAAGUUGGCGCGGCUGGUGCGGCAGGGGACAGGUGCGCAGAGCACAGAGACGGCUGCAGUGAGGGAAGCUGCCAGGAAGCCUCCGUUGAAGACGCUGGUUGUGCCUGCUGCUGACCUGGUGCAGCUGAUUGCCAAGGACCUCCCUCUAUUCGGCUCUGACCUCAUGGCGUCCUCCUUGGCGCCCAACGGGGAGAUCAUAACGGACAGCAGCAUCGGCAGCAUGGUUACCACACGCGGCAGCUGGGGGCCUGCAGGCACAGGGGCAGGAGGAGGGGAGGGGCGCGAGUUGCAGCGGUGGGCGCCGGACGGAACGGAGGAGGGGAUGGGGUUGGAUGAAGACACCUUCAGAAGCAGCUCCAGGGCGUGGGACCAGUUUGAGGCGAACCGCAAGCUGUUUGGCGUGGAGACGUCGUUCGACGAGGCGAUCUACACGACACCGCUGGUGCGGCCAUCCCGCGAGCUGCAGGCCCAUGCGGAGAGGAUCGCACGGGAGAUCGAGUCGGCACCCACCAGGAACAUGCACAUCGCAGAGGAACGCGGCUUUCACCUGCGCAACGCAGCGCGCACGCUAGCAUCCGCUGUCAAGGCAGCCAUCUCCGGUGGUGACUCCCCUGCUGCCGCUGCUGCUACUGCUGCUGCUGGUGCUACUGGUGCCGCUGGUGCGGUGGCGGUGGGUGCUGCGGACAGCGCGUGGGACGAUGACGACAUGGACGAGGAGACCAAGUACUCCUCCGUUAUCCGCACUGCAGCCGACCUGGACAGCGGAAUGGAAGAUGAAAUGGACGAAGCGAACGAUGAGACGUUUGGUGAUGCACCCAUGCAUGCCACUUCGGAUAAGGCUGCAUCUGGCGGUCUCUUCCAGGUGCACGGCAGCCCCUCCCGGCGCUCCCCUCUCAUGUCCCCGCUAUUGAGCGAUGCGCCCGCUAACCUGCAAGCGCUGAACCUGGACCAGAGCGUGCCACACCUGUCGGAUGAUGUGUACAGGGAGUUUCAGGAGUUCAAGCAGCGAAGCCAGCGCAUGCGGGACGAGGCGGAGGGGGUGCGGUCCUGCAGCGACCUGCUGGGCAAGUUUGAUUCUCGCUCGCCUGUUUCCUCCUGUCGCUCGUCUGGUCGCAACACCCCAACCUACCUGGAGAGCUCCCACUCCUCCCCCGACCUCAAGCCCUUCCUCGCCUCUGCCGCCUCGGCUCUCCUCCGCUCCUCCUCCUCCACUGCCGUCUCUGCUGCUGUUGCUCCCUCCACCUCCUAUCGCUCUCCUUCCCCGUCCAACCUGGCGCGAGGAGGAGAAGGGAAUGUAACAGCAGCGGCAGCUGCUGCAAGUGCUGAUGUGAUUGGAGAAGCAGGAGCGGCAGGGACGCUGGCAGAGGGUGCGGAAAAAUCAGUGGAGGGUGCAGGAGGAGGCGCCAGUAAGGCACCUGCUGCAGCAGCUGCUAAGAAGUCCACCCUCAACCCCAACGCCAAGGAGUUCAAGUUCAACCCCAACGCCAAGAACCAGAACCAGAACCAGAACCAGAACCAGAACCAGAACCAGGGUUAUAAUCAUCAAUAUCAUCAGCAACAGCAGCAGCAGCAGCAGCAGCUUCAGGCUCACGUGCCAAGGUCGGGGCACCAGCGGCGGCAGAAGCAGCAGCAGCAGGACAGGCAGCAGCGGCACCGGCAGGGGCCGCAGGGGGAUGGUGGGGAACACAACCAGCAGCCCAUGCAGCCUCACCAGCAACACCAGCAGCAAAUGAUGCCAGCUCCUAUGAUGAUGCCACCUCAGCAGCAACAGGACCAGUCACAGCAGCAGCAGCAGCAGCAGCAGCAGCAGCAGCAGCAGCAGGGGGAGGGCUCACAACAAACCACCACAGACCAGCAACAAGCACAACAGCAGCAAGAGGCAGGCCAGCAGCAGCAGCAGGGAGCACCGCUGCCAGGGAAUGCCAGCACAGCAGAAGGGGCCUGCCCAGAUGUACCCCAUGGGAAUGCCUCGAGGUCCGGUGAUGCUGCCCCCGCCACAUUUCUUCCACCGCCCACCCAUGGUUCCUAUGCACAGCAUGCCGCCCGCCCACAUGCCCAUGCCGCCCCACCCGGGCUCAUCACCCCCAGUCAUGAGCAGCCCCCAGCCGCCUGCCUCCAUGCCUCCCACCCGUCAUGAGCAGCCCCCAGCCGCCUGCCUCCAUGGCCCCCACCGGGUGAGGCAGAGGGGGGAGGGGGGAGGGGGAGGGGAGAAUAUCUGGCUGUGUUUUGAGGUUCGCCUCAAGGCAUGCCCAUGCCGCCUCACCCGGGCUCAUCACCCCCUGUCAUGAGCAGGUCCCAGCCACCUGCCUCUGUCGAUGCCUCCAUGCCUCCUGGCCGGUGAGGCAGAUCGGGAAGGGGAGGAUGGCUGGCUUCAUAGUGAGGUGCCUGCAUAGCAUACUUCGACUGGACACGCUUCAUUUGGCCGCCCCAUCCUACAAUCUCCAUGCACACCCGGUCAAAAAAAUUAAGCGUUAGCGUUUCGUAUAUCACCUCAUCCACUAGCUCCGGGCACACCCAGUCGUGAGCAGCAGUCCCCAUGCCCCUGCAGUCAUGCCUCCCAUGCGAUGGCCUUGAAAGUGCCUUGGAGAAUGUGCUCCUUGGUAUUUGUUGGGCAUUAGAGGAUUCGGGUGGUACUUGGGGACCGUGAUGACUCCUUUUUAUGAGGUCUGUCAAAAGUUUUGAUACGUUGCUGAUGGCAGCUUCUGGCAUCGGAAUGGCAUC